AUGGCUCCCAUCACAAACCUCACGAAACUUUUGCUUUUAGCCACCUCUCUGUCGUCCUUUGUCCACGCCAUUCUACCUGAUGGCAGGCUUCAUGGCAAUAUGCGACCAACCCCCGCCAUUCCCGUCAUUACAGCUCCAGAAACAGUAUUACCGGUGACCAGUCGUAAUGGCACGGUAUUGCCGCCCUACAAUACGACAUUCCUCUUCGACCAGUUGAUCGACCACAACAACCCCCGCCUUGGCACGUUCAAACAGCGAUUCUGGCAUACAUGGGAGUUCUACGAACCAGGAGGGCCGAUUAUUUUGAUGACGCCCGGAGAAGCCAACGCUCAACCGUAUUCUGGUUAUCUCACCAACGCUACUAUUAACGGUCUCAUUGCUCAACAACAAAGUGGCGCAGCCAUCGUCCUAGAACAUCGCUUCUACGGAUUAAGCAACCCCAAACCUGACCUCACUGUUGACAGCUUGCGUCUACACACCAUACAGCAAGCAAUCGACGACUUGGAAUAUUUCGCUAAGACGGUAAAACUUCCUAUGCCAAAUGGAGACAAUCUUGCACCCGGAAAGGCACCGUGGAUCCUCAUCGGAGGCAGUUACUCCGGUGCUCUAACGUCCUGGACGAUGGUCAACAAGCCUGGUUUCUUCUUUGCUGGCUACGCAUCCUCGGGUGUUGUUGAAGCGAUAUUCGAUUAUUGGCGCUAUUUUGAACCAAUCCGCCAAAAUAUGCCGGUAAACUGCUCAGCCGAUGUCGAGGCUGUCAUUACCCAUAUCGACCAAGUCUUUUCGGGACGGGACCAAAAGGCCAUUAAUGAAAUAAAGGAUACGUUCGGCCUGACGGCCAUGACACAUUUGGAUGAUGUUGCCGGUGCUUUACGAAACAAUCUUUGGGAUUGGCAAUCGCUCCAACCAACUUCCGGACCCAACACUACUUUUACAAGAUUCUGUGAUGCUCUCGAAGUCAAGGAUGGCGUUAGCGCGACUUCGUCCGGCUGGGGCGUGGCUCAUGCGCUACCUGCUUGGGGAGCGUUCUGGCGGAAUGGAUAUCUCAGACAACUGUGUGGCAAAGAUGAUGCCGAGACCUGUUUGGGAAGCUACAAUGCCACCCAGGAAUUCUAUACCGACACGGAAAUAGACAAUAGCAAUCGCUCCUGGUUCUGGAUUGUUUGCAAUGAAGUUGGAUAUUUGCAGGAUGGCGCACCGCCGAACUCCCCCAGCCUAGUCACCCGCCUGGUGCAACCGAAUGCUGACUUGAGGCAAUGCGCGUUGAUGUUUCCAAAGGCUUUCCCAAGGCCGCCCAAAACAAUACCCGUCGACCGCGUGAAUAGAGCCUACCAUGGCUGGAACGUCAAGGUUGAUCGCCUUUUCUUCGCCAACGGCGUGCGUGACCCAUGGCGUGAGGCGACCGUCUCCGCACAGGGACUCAAUAUCAAGAGCACUGAUCUGCAACCAAUUGCAGUGGGAGAUGGAUUCCAUUGCUCUGACCUUAGCGCCAGAGCUGCCUCCGACGCCACUAUUGCGGCCGUUCAGACCCACGCGCUUGCAUCCAUGAAGACGUGGCUUGCCACCUGGAAACCGACAUCCACAUCAGCUAAAUCAUCGGCCGGACAAGUUACCAUCGAUCGCAGUGGCAGGCCGGCUCGCGUGGGUGUAAUUAAGCCAAUGAACGGGUGGUUCAAGGGUUUCGGAAACUUCUGA